AUGAUUCAACAUCAAUAAUAUCCAUAAAAAGCUUCCAAGACCCUCAAUAGUAUCGAGAGCUAGAUUCUUUUGCAAAGCAAUUUGCCUUAAGAAUUGAUAAUAUCAGAUAAAUCAAAGAGUCACCUGGUUAAAAAUCGAGCUAAGCCUAUCCAUAAAUGCCCUCACAGUGGUUGCUCAAAGUUUUUUUCAGAAAAAGGAAAUUUGCAAGUACAUUAGAGGAGUCACACAGGUGAGAAACCAUUCAAAUGUAAUUUUUGCAAAAGUUGCUUCUCAUCAACAGGCAAUCGGAAAGACCAUGAAAACAGACAUACAAAGAGAAGACCUCAUUAAUGUAAAAUAUGCAAGUAGAGUUACUACAGAAAAUAUCAGUUGGUCAAGCAUUCAGAGAGAAAGCAUCCAUCUCUAAAUUAAUCUAAUGAUUCUGAAUCUUUUGCUCCAACUUAGUCUACUCAUUUUUCAGGUGAAGAUUAUUUCUGCGAAGAUAGAGAACUAGUAAUUGAACAAAAAAUCCCAAUAACUGCUAUCGGCUUUUAAAAAUGUUGCCCCCAAAAAUGCUAAAAAAUGUUUGAGCAAGAAUUAUUUAUUCUAGAAGGUUAGUAAUCAUUUUCUAGCGAUCUAAGGGAGGAAAUCAGUUCUCAAGAUAAGCAAGCUCAUUUAUUACCUGAGAAUACAUCUUUGAUGAAUUACCUUUCAGAUUUUGAAUAUGCGUAAGCAUAAGAAUGUAAUCCUUCAAGAUAAUUGGUUCAAGCUAAAUCAUUUAUUUAUGAGGAUUCUUCAAUAGCUUGCAAAAUCUAAGAUUAAUAUAUUAAUGCCUUAAAUUUGGUAUAGUAAAAUGAAUCGGUUCAAAACUCAGGAUUUUUCUUCUCCUCAAUAUAUUAAGAUAUUUUGGAAUGUGGAGAAUUAUCCGGUAUUUGGAAGCAAUCUUUUGAUUGA